AUGGCUGAAGUAGUUUCACCAAUAACUCGGCAAGUCACUAAAGAAAACCGGGAAAUCGGAACCCCUUCUCUCGAUAUUCGCCUUGAAGACGUCGAGGACUGCUUAAUUUACGACCGACAUGGAGCCUGUAUCCCGUUCAAGAAAUUAUAUCAAGACAGGAAAUCGGUCAUAAUUUUCGUGCGGAAUUUCUUGUGCUACAGCUGUAAAGAAUAUGUGGAAGAUUUGAGCAAAAUACCUAAAGAAGCCCUGGAGGGUGCUGACAUUAGACUGGUUGUCAUUGGUCAGUCCGCUCACCAUCAUAUAGAGAAUUUCUGCUCACUGACGGGGUAUCCUUAUGAAAUAUAUGUGGACCCGGAGAGGUGCAUUUAUCAAAAGCUGGGGAUGAAGAGAGAGGAGAAAUUUACAGACUCAGCCCACCCGAGUCCCCAUGUGAAGUCUGGUAUCUUUAUGGGACAAAUGAAGAGUAUAUGGAGGGCCAUGACUAGCCCUGUAUUUGACUUCCAGGGUGACCUCCAUCAGCAAGGUGGAGCCAUCAUUGCAGGACCAGGCUCUCAAGUUCAUUUUUCCCAUUUUGACACAAACCGCCUGGACCACAUGCCCAUUAACUGGCUCCUGCAGCUCGCCGGAGUUCAACAGACUCUGGACUUCAGCGAUAAGCCAAAGAUCAUCCAUGUGUAGCCGGCUGGCAGCCUGAGAGCAAUCUUCACCCUGCAUCAUCAUCAUCAUCUGUUAUUGUUGCAUAUACGGGGAUGCGCAUGCACAUUUAUUAGAACAUUUGUUUGUACAGACUGUGCUCUGAAAGCAUGAGUGAGGGCAGCUGAGUGUGCUUUUUUUUUUUAAUUUUAUACUUUUUCUACUUUCAGUCAGUCAUCACACCACUGUCUUAUAUUGUGUAAUUCUGCCCCCAUACUUUUAGUAACAUAGCUGGUGCACUCAUGUUAGCAAUUUGCCAUAUCACAGUCUACCCACUUUCCUCGUAUGCGCAAUGUUCAUUAUACUAUAAGUAAAGUUUAAUUGCUA